AUUUAAUGUCCAUUUGACAUUGUGUCCCCCAAAACUCCAGACAAGAUGCUCAAACGUACAAGACGUGUUCACUUUGCCGAUGAGAACCUGUACUAUGUAAAACUGGUUUGUUUCGCGUUAACGGCGAGAAUUAUCUUCUUCUUUUUUUUAAUAAUUUUAAAAAAAAAAUUAUUUCGGUGUAUUUUUACAAAUUUUCUCGACCGAUUGUCUUAAGCACUUCAACUAUUUGUUGACAUCUGAGGAAGUUGCCGCUGUUUUGUGUUCCUUGGAUUAUUUCAUUCGUUAAUUUUAUUUCCAAUCGUUUACGUUUCCUGUUAAUCUCACACGCAUUUUCUUUGGCUUCGUGGAAUCAUGGAAAUGUGUCUACCAUUUCCUGCCAACUCAAUAGCUUUACAAGCUAAGACGUCUAACUGUUUUUUGUUUUUGUUUUUUUUGUUGUUGUUUUUUUUGCUGUCGAAGGCUUCUUUUCCGAAACGUCCACUUUUUUAAAAAAAAUAAUUGGUUUGUCAUUCUUCAGUUUUUGCACUGCUACACAUGUUUAUAUUUCUUACUGCUUCAACCCGACCGAAGCCCUCCCCGUGUUUCUCUUGUGUUUCCAAGAUCUCAUUGAACCAGAGAGUAGUUCCAGCGUCGAGGAUUCUGAUAAAAAUGUACAGAAUUGUUGGAAUUCACUUACUGUGAACGGAUGACACUCUGUGGUCCACGGGCGGGGCAAGCACUAUCUCAGGCCGGCCAACCAAAUGACCUGGGUCAUAAGGCAAUAUAGAGACCGACCGAAUUUCGGCUUCGGUUUCGGCGCCGAAAGUGGCCAUUUUAUCACUUUCGGCCAAGUUUCGGUUUCGGCCGAAACUGAAAAGUUAAAUUUCGGCUUAAUUUCGGUUUCGGCCGAAAGAGAAAAGUUAACUUUCGGUUUUUCUUCGGUUUCGGCCGAAAUUGAAUUAGACUUUAAGAACAAAACAAAUGACCUUUAAUAGUAAACUAAAUGAUUUAUAAGAAUAAACUAAGCGAUCUUUAACAGAAAAUUAAAUGUUCUUUAGGAACAAACUAAAAUAUCUUUAAGAACAAACUAAUCUAUCUUUAUGAAAAAACUAAGCGAUCUUUACAACAAACUAAGCGAUCUUUAACAACAAACUAAGCGAUCUUUAUGAACAAACUAAAAGAUCUUCAACAACAAACUAAGCGAUCUUUAAGAACAAACUAAACGAUCUUUAACAACAAACUAAGCGAUCUUUAAUAACAAACUAAACGAUUCUUAACAACAAACUAAACAAUCUUUAACAACAAACUAAACAAUCUUUAACAACAAACUAAGCGAUCUUUAAGAACAACCAAAACGAUCUUUAACAACAAACUAAGCGAUCUUUAACAACAAACUAAACGAUCUUUAACAACAAACUAAACGAUCUUUAAAAAAAAAUUAAGCGAUCUUUUAGAACCAAAUUUUUUAGAGACCCUGUAUAAAAAAAUAAUAUUUUGCAUUAAUUUCCCCUCCCGCCCCCCCUCCAAUUUUAGCCAAAUUUUCUCCUACCGUACUAAUUUUUAAAAAAAAUUGUAAAGCAAUUUAAAUUACUUUUAUAUUAAAAUGGUAAAAUCCAAAGUAUUCAUUAGAUCAAGGGUCUCAAACUCAAAUCAUGGGGGGAGGGGGGCACAGGAGGUAGUGUCUGAAUGAGAGUGGGCCGCAUCAAGUAAUCCACAAAAAAGCGAUUACAACUGUUGCAAUCUGCUCAAACUUUAUAAAUAACAAUAAAAUCAUUAAGGGUUCUCAAGAACUACUCACUGUUGCCAGAGACCUGGCAUACAAAAAUAUAUAGAAACAUUUUUUUAAAAAAAAUCAGAAUUAGACUAGUCGGUGAGAUUCGACUGAAACCGUCGCGGAGAGUCACGUUAUAGAUAUGAGAAUGGGGGAAACGCGCCGGCGCAUUUACACUAAACUUUUUUGUCAUGUAGCGGGCCGCAAAAUAUCGUCUUGCGGGUCACAAAUGGCUCGCGGGCCGCGAGUUUGAGACCCCUAUAUUAGAUGUUUAUGUAUUAAUAUUCACGAUAUCUAAUUUUUUAUAAAAAGAAUGUAAAUAUUUAUAAUUUCCCACAUCAUUUUCGAUGUAUGCAGAAUGUAUGCGGGAACGAAUUUAAAAAUAUCUUAAUAUUCCAGUUUCGGCUUCUGUUUCGGCCAAAAUUCAUUUUUAACUUUCGGCCUUUUUUCGGUUUCGGCCGAAAGUAAUUUUUAAACUUUCGGCAUAUUUUCGUCUUAGGCCGAAAUCAGAAAAUCACAUUCGGUCUGUCUCUAAGGCAAUAUCUGAAGGACUAUAUGACCAAAUGACCUGGGUCUUAGGGCAAUAUCUGAAGGACUUUAUUUUAGGCACCAUAUUGGGGGAAUAGCUUAUACGGCACCAUCUAACUUGCCUGAUUAUGAUGCGCUAUCUGGUUGGCCUAGCUUAUAGAGCACCCUCUGGCUCGUGGUUUGCGGCUUUUAGAGCUUCCGGAAUCAUCCGAACCGUAUAGCCAUGAUUAAUUUACCAUCUGACAUUAUAGUUAUAUUUGUUGACUGACGUUCUGUCCAUAUCUGUAUGUCUGACAUUCUAUCCGCAGCUGCCGGAGGUCAAGGACGCCAAGUUGAGUCAGAUCCUUACCCAGCAACGCAAGUACCACCACCUGCAGAAGAGUGAGUGCCAGGCCAGUCCGGUCUCUAGCCCUCGGACACAGAACUCGUCAUUUUUGUCCCAUGACGCCCACGUGACAGGUCAGUUGGCAACAACAUGUGUACUUUAGUAAUGUAGUCAACUGCCGGCCAAGUGGAGAAGUAGGAAGCAAGGGAGGGGGUGGGUGUUUGAAAAAAACGUUCAAAGUAAAUCACUAUAGAAAUAAACGAUGUAAAAGUACAAUAUAAAGAAUACUCUCAGCCGACUUCCGCCUUUCUUUCCUACGGCAGUGUAUAAAACAUUGAAUGCUGCUAAUUUCAAUUUACCUCUUGUGGACAACCCCCAACCACCUUAUUCGGACUGGGUCAAUGACACGGCCCAGUGCUGUAAUGAAUGUUUUAAUUUCAAGGGAGGAGAUAUGAUCCUAGUUGCUUCUAAAGAAUUAUAAACGGAGCUACAAAACAACCUGAAAAUUUCCCAGGCGGCCAUUUUACCUCGUUUUUUAUCAUUCAAUUAGAGCAGCAUUCGUUCAGGAGACAUAGAGUUGUCAUGUUUCUCGUGUACUAUUAAUAAUGAAAUGUUUGUUAUCACUGACAGAUGACACAGCCUCAGAGCUAGACUCUUCCGUGCAAACUGUGCACUCUGAACAUUUGGAGAGGAGGCAAGUUUGGGCAGGUGAGUGCGUUUGUAGUAUAUUGACACUCAGCUGAUGUAGUCAUUACACGAUGACCUGUAUCUGAUGUAGUUGUUACAUGUCGACCUGGAUAAAAACAAAAAAAAGUAUACAUUUUUAUGGUAUAGAAAGCCCAAUUCACACCCCCCUCCCUCCACCUUAAAACUUUAGGUAUAGAAAGCCCAAUUCACACACCCCUCCCUCCACCUUAAAACUGUAGGUAUAGAAAGCCCAAUUCACACCCCCUCCCUCCACCUUAAAACUGUAGGUAUAGAAAGCCCAAUUCACACCCCCUCCCUCCACCUUAAAACUGUAGGUAUAGAAAGCCCAAUUCACACCCCCUCCCUCCACCUUAAAACUGUAGGUAUAGAAAGCCCAAUUCACACCCCCCCCCUCCUCCUAUGUAUAAACACAAAUUUAAAAGAAAACAAUAUAAAAAUAACUAUAGACUAUAGCCUCAAAUCUCUGUAUUGAUUUUGACUAAGCAAAUUUCCUGCUUUUAUUUGUGUCUGUAUGACACUAAGGCUCCAGCAUUGGAGGAUCUUUCAUUAAGACGUCUCUUGCAUUAAUACACUACUCCAGGGGCUCCCAACCUGGGGUGGCGUUUCAGUGGGUGCAUGAUUUUCUCAAACAAUUGGUAGGAAGAGUGAGACAUCAUCAAUAAUUCGGAAGAGUGAGACAUCAUCAAUAAUUCGGAAGAGUUGCAGGGUAUAGCAAAGGUUGACAAACCCUGCACUACUCUGACACGGCUCUCAACGUGGAACCAGUUGCUUCCAAACUGCCAUUGUGUCCAUGCAAAAAUUUGGUUUAAAAAGCAAAAUAGACUCCAUAAUAUGUGAGACCAAAUUCAUCUCCUCAGCCCCAGCUGAUGCCCUGCCAGAGAGAAGUAGCCUUGACGACAGACAGCCAGUCCAUGCUAAUGACCUGAGACUUCAGGACAUCUCCAAUGGUAGGUGUCUUGAGAAAUAAAUCUGAAAUCUCAUGAGCCUGUGAUGCAUCAUAAAUUAAAUGUUACGUGAUGUGCCUCCUGGACUGAUAGCAGCCAAAAGCUACCAACGUGCAACAUGUGUAUUAUAUCACUUAAGAUUAGACCAUUAUUUCAUGUGUCAUGGAAAAGAACUAAAAUUUCCAGCAAGACUAAUGGCCAUGAAUUCCCAGAGUGAGCAAAAUAUCUCUCUUCUUUUAGCUAGGUAUCCUGCUGCCGAAAUUUCAAAUCUGACCUACUUAAUUGUAGUCAGGGUAACAGGAAUCUAUUGGACUUUGGUUUUUACUCUUGCGAUAUUUGUAGUUAAAAUGUUAGAAAUUACUCUCUGGUAUUCUUACCUUUACAUGGCGACCUAUUUCAUUUGACAGGAGACACUUAAGUAAAAUGCCUGCUCCGUGUUCCUUAAACAUUUCAUUGUAACAGAACUGAGGUGAAUUGGUGUAGGGUGGAAAUUUUGUCCUCCAUAUGGAGGGGCAGAAUUUUUCUGCCAUGGGAGGGGUGGGGCAAAAAUAUUUGUACGCCUAAGGGGGGGGGGCACUAACUCUAGCUACGCCACUGCUGAGGGGUAAUCACCCACAAUGCAAAUCUUUACAAAUGAUUGUUUAGGAUUGUUUAGAUUGUUUUAUUCAGGAGUUACCGUGUCUUGAACAAACAAGAGUUUUGUUUGAAUAGCUGUGUCAGAAACUUCAUUAAGUAACAACAGCCUUGUAGCGUUUGCCUUUUUAAAAAAAAAAUUUUUUUUCAAUGAUACACGUUGUCGUUGGUUCUUCUAAUUUACAUAAAUCUUAGGGAUUGAAUCACAUUAAAGAUUUCUUCGAGCCACCUUUUUUUCCCCUCCAGCAUUGCUCAUUAGUGUCAGCGAUAGCAACAACAAAAAACCGUUUGUGUUAAAUUGGGGUCAUGAGCUGCAGGUAAACUGGUCACAGGAAUCACCCACGGCAUAGAUAAACCACAGAACCUGUAGAAUAGAUCAAUGCCUUCAGCUUAGAGACAGGGUGUCAUGCAGUGCGUGCGGCCGAUCUUAUGCAGGAUUGAAACACUUUAUCUCUUGUUAAUGCCGUCAGGUUGGAUAAGGUGUGUACACCCCCCACUCCCUCCACACGAACUCCACAACAAAGACCCUCCACCCCCACCCCCUCUGGACUUCAUGACAAGAAAAUUUCUUUUUAAUGACAAUGAUUUUCUUUUGGUGCCAUUUGUUGUCUGCGGUCCAUUGAUUGGUUUCUGGGAUAAAGGCUUGGAGAUUAAAUGGGAUCAAGGAGUUUUGUCUCCUGUGCAGAAAUCAUGGGAUCUGUCAUGUGAUCUGUCUUCAUGUGAGUCAAAUAUCAGCUAUUUUAAUCUCUCUGUAUGGGGUGGAUCAUGAAGUGCAGGGACAUUCCCCAAGGGCAGGGUAGAUUCAGGAAGUACAGGGUAGAUUCAGGAAGUGCUGAGGAGUAGCAUCAAUAACAAAACUCACCUGAUGUUCUCAUGUUUAUUCCCAGAAUGUGACCAAAGAAGCAGUGUGAGCCUUUUGGAGUCUGAAUCCAUUUACCUCCCCUUCGACAUCCCAGCAAGCCCCGUUGCCAUACGCAGGCCAUUCACAGCCCCAGAGCAAGAAACAGGGCCAUUUGUUAAGCCGCCGUCAGACCCAGCUCUUUACGCGUCUGACCAAAAAAGGCACCUGUCUCGACCAUACACUGCCACAGACUCGAGGCAUCCUACAUUUACAAAAUAUGAUUCCUUGGAGCAAAGACCCAUUCGCCCCCUAAACCAGCAUGUGGUAAAAGGCAACAUCAAGCCGGCCUUUGAGGUGGCUAGGCCGCUCACAUCCAGUUCCGAGCCAUCUGUCAGCACGCACAAAGACACUUCAAUUCCAACAGCCAGGAGCCAGGAUUAUGAAUCCAGCAGUGAGCAGACAGCGAGCGAGUCGGAAGUCUUACCUCAAAAGCCUGACGACAAUCACACCACUCAGCCCAAAAUCAUCAACACCAUACAGCUUGUGUCCAUUCACGCACCCAAAGAUAAACUCAACCACAUAAAAGCCAUCGCUGGAAACAAGAGAGCCGGACAUCCAACCAGCCGUGCAGGGAAUCCGUCCGGCAAAAGUUUUGCAAUGAAGACCGCCACUGCUGCCAGCAUGGCCGCAUCGGCCGUGUUGAGGAACCGGCUGCCAAAGACCAAUCUGUCAACUGCAGGUGCUGUGAAAAUGAAUUCGCCCGAAGGGAGGGAUCACUUGCAAGAUUCAGUGGCAGCACGUCAUGGGGCCAGAGACAGUAAACAGAUCAAAGGGAGGCUGAACAUGGAAAGAAUGGAACUGGAGAAAGAUGGGAGAUCGCACCCAGGUGGAAGGGAUGCUGGGUCUGUGUCUCAGCCGGCCAGUGAUAUCUUCACUUCAGAUCCUCAACAGAUUGGUAAGACGUUCUUUGGACUAUCAUGUUCUGAGUUUGAGAGAUUAUUUUAAUUGUUGAAAAUAGUGGCUGGUUGAUCAAAUCUUAUAAAGCAAAGCUCAUUUUAAGCUCAUCAGUUCAAUUCAUAGCUAUUUAAAUUAUCACUCCAAUAGUUAUAAUCCAUAGCUAUUUUAAGCAUCACUUCAAUAGUCAUAAUCCAUAGCUAAUGCAAAUAAUGUGAAUGUCAUUUAAGCAUAAAAGAGUACCUUAGUUUGAGUAUCUUUUUCAAUUGAAAUUCCACCCACACCCAUCCAAAAUCUUUUUUUUUUUUUUAAAAAGUAAAUGGUGUAAAUAGUAUGGCGGCAGCAAAUAAAAUAUUAUUCCUUAAUUUUAUUUUUACAAAUGCCCAUAACAAAUUUCCCAGCUGUAUUCUGGUGCCCUUGUGAUAUUCUAAGCAUUGAGAUCAAGUAAGCAAAAUAAACAGUUAAAAAAUGUUAAUUUAUUAAAAAUCUCCAGAAAUAAGUCAUUGAAUCCAGUGCUUUAAUGCAGACCUGUUUACUCUUACGAUUUUGGCUUACAAUGCACGCUUUUGAGGUUACAUUAUAUAUACUGUUGGUUUAUUUUUUUACUAUAAAGAUAUGUAUAAAUUGAUUUUGUGAUGUUAUUAUACGAUUUUAAGAGUUUGAGGGGAAAUAGGUCUUUUAAUGUUACCAUUGGUGUCAGUCUUUCCUUAGUGUUACCAAGAUAGUAGAUAAUCAGUUACCAAUGGUGCCAGUCUUUCCUCACUCAUGUCAACAGACUUUAUUAAAUGCAAUCAGGAAGUCCUAUGGGAAAUUGAUAAGUUGUACCUAAAUGUAAUCUACCCCCUUUGGACUAUUUCACACACCAUGAUUUUCAACUGCUAGCUUACAAAAAUUGUAUUUGUGCUGAGAUUGCAAGCAAUGAGUUGUGUCAACAAUCCAUCAGAGCUCUCUUUGAUCAACUUCAUGCUCAGCCGUUCUUGUCAGAUUUAUUCUGCUGUUCAAAACGAAUGUGAAACAUACCCCACCGUUAAACUGUUUAGUUUGAGAAGUGAAAGCUGUUGUUUAGUUUGAGAAAUGAAAGCUGUUGUUUAGUUUGAGAAAUUAAAGCUGUUGUUUAGUUUGAGAAGUGAAAGCUGUUGUUUAGUUUGAGAAGUGAACACUGUUGUUUAGUUUAAGAAAUUAAAGCUGUUGUUUAGUUUAAGAAAUGAAAGCUGUUGUUUAGUUUGAGAAGUGAAAGCUGUUGUUUAGUUUGAGAAGUGAAAGCUGUUGUUUAGUUUAAAAAAUGAAAGCCGAUGUUUAGUUUGAGAAGUAAAAGCUGAUGUUUAGUUUGAGAAGUGAAAGCUGUUGUUUUUUAGUUUGUGAGAUGACCUUGAAAUGAUUUUUCAUUAUUUUCUUUAUCUUAAGUUUAGCAGUCUCCCACAUCUUGUUCCUUUCAGUUGUAUAAUAUGACCAGUAAUUCGAUUAACAGAUCUUUGCUUUAUGCCCUCAAACUUUGAUGGUCAUUGGACAUAUCUUCCUGUCGCUCAAUGUCAAAAUCUUCCUGUCACUAGGUGUCAAAAUCUUCCUGUCACUAGGUGUCAAAAUCUUCCUGUCAUUAGAGGUUAUGAACUGUGUAUAGUUUUAUCAAGUCGACAAAAAUGACAUCUAAACACCAACAUCAAUUUUUGUAAUGAUCUGUUGUUUUUUUUUAAAAAUAUUAUUAUAAUUUGUAAUCAUAUUGGAAAUGCUUAAGGUAAUUAUUGUUUUAGGUACCAGUACCCAGUACGAAAACACGUUUCACAGUAAUGAUACCAAUGUAUUUUAUUGUGCAGGCCAUAAGGCUGCCACUUCUAUCCAAGCUUUUUGGCGAGGAUAUUGGGCAAGAGAGCACAAUACCAAAGUUGUUUCCGUUCGAAAAGAAAUCCGUGCGAGGCGAGCAGAAGACCAUAUAAUGCUCCUGAGAAAAGAUCUGGAAAGGUAACUCCUAUUUAUAUUGUCACCACUGUAAUUACUUUUAAAAAAAUAAUAAAUCUAUAAUAAUAAUAUAUCACAUUACAAAAGUCUUCUUUCUAGUUGGUGGAAAAACUAUUAAACUCAAUGAAACAUUCCUUUGUUAUGAUGAAGAUUAAGUUUUAGUGAAUACAAAAUGCCUUGUUUUUUUUGUACAGAUAACACAGUCAUUUGCAACACUGUAGUUUUGAGAGGCCCUUUUAGAAGACUCUUUUAAAAAAAUCAUAUGUCAUAAUGAUAUGCAAGCAAAUCAAUUAAUUUAAAAAAUUACUUUGAUAAGAUAUACCGUAUUUAUUGACAUAUAACACGCCCCCACGUAUAACAUGCACCUCAAUUUAAGAAGGAAAUUUCAGGAAAAAAAACUAAACAUUAUAUUGGCGUAUAACACGCACACAUGAUUUGCUCCCUAUUUUUGGGGAGAAAAAGUGCGUGUUAUACGCCAUUAAAUACGGUAAUUAUUUUGAAGCAGUUUAUGAUAAAAGAGAGGCAGCUCUAAAGUUAUUGUUUAACACAUCGUUAGUAUCAAUAAGUUGUUUUCAAUAACUCUUCAGAAAUCGUAAGCUCUAUGAAGAAGAAAAACGUCUGAGAAUUUUGCAGAUGGAAGCCAUCCGACUUCUGUACCAUGAGGUAAGUAAGAAGUGAUGAACAAAUAAAUUUAACUAAGUAAGUUAUGUAACUGGCAUCGGUACAAUAAUCUUUGGCACACGGUUGCACGCUUUGACAAAGUUGUCUUUAAAAUCUGUGCAUUGUAGCUAUUUAAAGUAAAAACUGGAUUUUUAAAAAAAUGUAAGCCUCUCAACUGAUUCUGUGCAGGUGCAGGUGUUGAAGUCCCAGAGCACAACCUCCAACAAAGAUCUCGGCAACACCACUGCCAACACCUCUGUGAAUUUUAGCCCCACGGCCACUGGAACAUCAAUGGUGACGGCUGCACCUGCUGCAUACAGCGAGCUUAACAGGACCCAGGAGUUGGAGCGGACUUGCCUUAGUCUGCAGAGUCAGGUAGACUAUAUCAAUAUGACAUCAAGUAGAAUAUAUAACAAUAUAAAUUUGGUAGAAAAUAUCACAACAUUAGGUGGGAGGUAAUAUAACAUCAACUUAAGAAUAUCACUGCAAUGUCAGUUAGUUAAUUUAUAACAAUGUAAGAUCAUUAAGACAAAUUAUAACAGUUUAAUGUCAGGCACUGAAUUAGUAUCCAUAAAAUAUCAAGUACACGAACAAUACCAAUUAAGUUUUAGAAACACAUUUAAAAACUUUGCUGUUUCAAGAAUUUUAAAAAAAAUUUUUUUUAUUGAAAAUGUAAUUUGCAUCACAGUAAAGAACAAAAAACAAAAUUUAAAAAAAUAUAUUCGCCAAUCAACUAUCAUUUUCACUAUACAUUGUUUCAUUAAAAAAAUUUGAACUAACAUUCCAAGAAUAAUCAAAACUUUAUGCGUUUAAUGUUUUAACAGGUCUCCCAUCUACAAGAGGCACUAGCAUCUGUGUCUUCAGCUGUUUUCAGAACUAAUAGUUUGGACAGUGCCAACUUUGAACUCACAGGUAACAUUUUGUUAUUGACAUUACUAAUUUUAAACAAAUUAUUUUUUAAUUCAAAUGAUGUUCUGUUAUAUGGUUUUUAAUAAAAAUAAUUACUAAAUAGCUAUAAAGUAUUUCUACUUUAAAAAAAAAAUAAUUAUCUAUUGGAGAUAUAUCACAACACUGUUAAAAUUGGCCUAUUGCUAAAAGAUAGCUCUACUUAAAUAAUCUAUUGAAGAUAUACCACAACACUGUUUAAAUUGGUCAAUAGCUAUAAGGUAGUUCUACUUUAAUAAUCUAUUGAAGAUGUACCUCACCAAUCUUUAAACUGGUGAACAGUUUUAUCUCUAACAGUUGCCUAGAUUAAUUAUUAAGCUACAAAUGCUUCCAUGCCUGAUGAAUUCUAUUAUAUUUACUAUGCUUCAGCCCUUUAAUAGUUUUAUUCUUACUUUUAUUAAUCAGGUUCUGUUGCUAUUGAUGUGUGAUCUGAUCUUCUGGGUACUCUACCAGUAGAAAUUUAGUUGUGGGUUUCCCAGUGGAUUAGAAAGGGUGAUCGUGAUGAUCCUGGGGAUUUGGCGGAACUUUGAGCAGACAAAAUGAAUAUUUUUUAAUUCACCCAAUUUCUUUUAUUCUUCAGAUCACUCAGACACUGUGCAGGUGAGCCCUAACUUUGAUGACCAUCAGCCCAGGAGUAGACAUCCAUCGGAAGAAACUAGUCAUUGGGGUCAGUUCAUAAUCAUAUACCCAUGGCUGGUCCUUAUUUUUUUUUUUUCUCAUGGUUGAGCUUAAGUUGGUGAUUGAAUCAGGGUAAGUACCUCGUUGCACAGCUUCCCCAGGCUUUCUCAGAAACUCAGACAUAAUUUAAUUGAGUCAUAUAAUCAUAUGUCUCCACGUUGGCUCCAUAUGGUACAAAGUGAUCGGACGUACACAUGCAGGGCCAGAAGACAAUUAUUUCAAAAUGCCAAAAAAAGGCGAAUAUGUUAACUCUGAUUGACCAUUUAGUCUACUGAGAGCCAGAUUGUUCCAAGUGCCAAAGUACUGAGCGGCAGAUUGUUCCAAGUGCCAAAGUACUGAGAGCCAAAUUGUUCCAAGUGUCAAAGCCAAAGUUGUCAUACAUUCAGAUUUAUCUAGUAGGCAGUAAAAUAUUUGUUAACCCCCAAAACACUGUUUUUGACUUUGCAAAGAUGCAAUUUCAAGUAUUAUAUGUUGAAUAUAUUAUUUACUUAACAUAGGAAGUUAGAAAAUUACAAAAGUCUGUGUUGGUAAUUUUGACCCUUAGUGCAUUCUUGCUCUCAAGGGAUGAUUUGUAUGCCACAUAAGUAUUUCUUAUGAUAUAGUUUUUGAAAAGUUAUGUAAGCUAAUUGAGCAAUAAUUUGAUAACUGACAUAAAGGGAAUAUGACUUUGAUCCAUGGCAGGUUGCAUUCCUCAUUCCCUGUCACCUUACCCAUCGGAAGAAGAAGAGCAAUAUUACCUGCGUGUGCCCAUGCAUGGCGCCCCCACUCCUCCUCGUUGCCUGCAGCUGCACCAUUUCAGCCCCUCCGCCCUGCUGUUGUCAUGGCAACCCUCAUCUUGUGCAGGCAGAUUGAAGGAGGAGGAAGGAAAUAGACACAUCAUAGGUUUGUCUAAAAAUCAGCAGCAUUUUUUUUAAGGGUUGUAAUCUUAGACCUAGCGUGCCCCUGUGAGCUGACCGUGCCCCUUUGAGCUGACCGAGAUGCAAGUCUAUACCAUAAAAAUGAGCUGCACAGUUGUCAAAUAUAUCAUGAACCAAACCUGUCUGUGUACAUACAUGUAUUCACAUAUGAACACCAUGUUUUAAAACUACUCACAUAUUAAAAAGAAUUUUGGGAACUGUUCGAUGAAUUACACUACUGCUCUUACAUAACAAGUCUGUCUAGCAUUCAGAUGUGAGGAUAGAAAGACCUACUGAUAUUAUGGAUACUUGUUAUAUCCCCCCCCCCUAAACUUUCAAAGGUAUAACCUAGAGGGGGCAAGGGUGGGGUGGGAUUUUUAAAAUUGUUUUAAAAUUUCACUUGUCCUUAAAAAAAGGAAUUAACCUGAAUAAUUCCCCAGUGUGGUCGUGCGCCCCCCAAUCUUUUUCUUCUAAGCUCUCCUUGUGUAUAAAACUGAGCUGUUCAAAGAAGAUUUCUCCAGUCAUCAAACUGUUUCACAGAUAAAAAAUAUAUGCCCCCCCCCCUCCCACCCUGAUCUGUGUCUUGCAGGUUACAGAGUCUAUGUCAAUGACAAACUCAAGGCUUUUAUCUGUCACUGUACAUCAGCACUCGUUGAAGGUCUAAAUGCUGCCACUACCUACAAGUGAGUAUCAAUAACUACAAAGGCUUUGACUUUGUAGCAAAUUUUGGUUAGUUUUACCAUGUUUGUUUGCCAUCCCUCCAACCAAUGGAAAUUUAAAUACAAAGAAAACACCCACCAAACCCCCCCCAAAAAAUCAAAACCCGGAAGAAAUACAUUAAAAGAGGGAUGCAAUUUAAUUGUCUCCCCUCGCUAGAGAUUAGCUGGGAUCAUUUUCUUUUCACUGGUAAAACACUUUUUUUUAAAAACCAAAUAAACUGUUUUUAAAAUUCAUCCUUGUUUCAUUUGUUAAUUUUGUAUUGGUGUAAAGCAGAAAUCUUCAAAGUCUAAAUUUGAAAAGCCAGACGAAAGAAGUGCCCAUGAACAAAGAUAAUAAUUUUUUUUUUAAAUAAUUAAAUUAGGAGAAAUUAGAAAAACUCAGAAUUAACUUUAUGUUGUUUUAAAAGUAGCAGUGACAAUUUCAAAAUUCUUCACUCUCAAUUUUGUGUACAUCAUCCAACAGGUUCUACAUUAAAGCCUUGUCUGGUUUUGGGGAGUCGUUUGAAUCCAAUAUUCUCAUGGUUAAACUAGCCUCCGGACCAGAGAGACAAAAGUACCCAGAGAGCACUGACAGCUCUCAUGACAGUGACCGAGAUGUUGAUUCCUCCCAAAAGACGGAAAAAUUGAAACCUAAACACAGAAAACACCGCAGGUCACCGCGGAUGGACAAGAAGUCUUCAAAAGCAUCCAGUCAUCUCUCGUCCAAUGAGAAGAAUGUGUUCACCAGCCCUGGAGAGUUGGCUCAAAAUGUCAACUGCAAUAACUCCACGGUGGAAGAUUCACCUGUGGGGAUUUUCACACAUCCCAAACUUCACACACACCGCAGAAACAGAAGUAGAGAUUUGCAUACUGAAGGGGACAGCUUUAAAGAUACGUUGCUGAAAGAGCCCAGCCCAACCGCUGUUGAUAGAAAACAAACCGGGCAGAUGGUCUCACCGAACACUAAAAAUGAGGCCCCCAGGCAAUUACCAGAAUCACCAAAAUCAGGACAUCACAGACUGGAUGCCGUUGUUAGUGCAGAUCUGAAACCAAGGCCUACAACCACUAAAAAUAGUGAACCAGACAGAACUGUAAACAGUGGAUUGAAUGUGGUCAUGUCGGGAACUAAGAAAGACUCGCAUUGGAGAAAAGACUCCCCUCCAAGUGGGUCCUUCAAGACAGAGUCUCCGUCUCAUUCUAAGAAAACAUCCCCCAUCGCUUCACCAUCAUGUGGUUCAGACGGCGAUCCUAAGUUGAAAUCUUCACCUAAACCUGGGAGUGAAGGGUCGUCCUUGAAGGUAUCAUCCCCCAGCUUGAUGGAAACAUUCACUGUGGACAAAGGUAGCUCUUAUCUGGAGAGCCUGAAUGCCAUCACAGAGUCCGCUCUCAGCGGGAUGUCAUUUGGAAGUCCUGGCAGUGGGAGCAGGGGUCACAAGAGAACCAAGAGCCGAGACUACCAACAGGCAAGUGAAAAGUCUGCCACUGACGGUGGUAGUCAGGAGGUUACAGAGUCAGAGGUCUCCGUGGAGGAGGCUGCAAGGCUGGGGAGUAGGCAUAAAGAGAGAUCCAAUGAGGGGAGGAGAGAAGGUGAUGGAAGUUCUGACUCUUCUGGGAAACAUCGAGGUCACAGGAGAAAAAGGAGCAAAGAUCUCAGUAACCAGGGAUCAGAAUGGAGGACAGAUGAAGCUCAAUCGGGAGGGCAGGAGGAGAGGAGGGAGGAUAAUAAAUCUGAGGAUCACGGAGAAAAGUCAGAAGAAGCCUGCAUUUCAAAUCUUUCAGAUGGUGUACCAUUGCCAAACAGACCAGUCAUUGAUGGCCGCCACCGUCAUUCUUCAGGGAGUAGACCAAACAGUCCAGUGGUCAGCGUAAGUGGAGGUGAAGAAAAACCCAGGAUGUCUAUUGCUGAGCUGUUGUUGGAGCAGCAGAAAGUAAGAAAUUUGAAGUUGAAAGAGUCCGGCAGAGGUGAUCAGGUACAAAGAUUGGAGACCAACCGAAGGUCAUCCAGCAUUGAUUCAGUUUCUAGCAACACCUUUGGCGAUACGUCUCGAAGGUCACCAAGUGCAGAAUCUUUGCCAGAAAGUAUCAGAGAAGACGCAGAACAGGAUUCAGACCAGAAAUUAUCUCAAAAUCUGCCCACAGGAGGUCGAAGGGCACAACCCAUAGCACCAACAAGGGAGGCCACUGAGGCAAGUCAGGUACGAUUGUCUAAGGAAACCACAGCUGCCAUGAUGUCUAAACUUCUGCACAAGUUGGAAACUAUCACCAAAAACUCAGCGGGUGGAAAGAAGGAGAGUCUCACGUUAAAGAGGUCCAACACGGAGGAGAAAGAUUGGGAUUUGGGCUCCAAGCCUCCUUCUGAUGACGAGAGGAAAGGUCGUUCUCGCAACCUGAGCGAGAGUGAUGCGGAGGGGGGUCCGCAGCUUCCCCCUCGUGUUCCUAGCGGUGACAGCUCCUCAGGGAGUCACUCUGAUGACAGCAGGCAAUCGAGAAGGCAUCAGCACAGAAGGUAACUGAGUCUAUAAUUAAAGAUGAAUAUUUCAUCUCUCUGGAAGUUAAUACAAAUAACUUAAAUGCACCUUGAAGCCCUCUUAGAUAAAAUUGAAAUUUGGGGCCCUGUCAGUAACAAUAGAUGAAUAAGUUUUUUUAAAAAUAAUUUGGCUUGGUUUAAUGUGUUAAAAAAACUCAAGUUAUUGCAGCUUCAGGUAGGUUAAUUUCUAAUUUUUGUGUACAUUUCACAAUGUCGGCAUACAAAAUUUAAGAUUGAAAUAAUUUUAGCUAAUUUUUGCCAGGAUAUUUCUGUAAUGUAAACAUCCUAUCUUGUAAAUUUUGACUUCCAGAACUCCAUCCGAUCAUUGGCUCCCACCAAGCACUGACUACACCAGGCCCACACACAGCCCCAUCAUCAUGGAGGGCGCGCUUGUGAAAAAGCACGGCUCCAGUGUCAGAAGAAACCAGUCUUUCCAUGGUUUGCUCCCCUCAAAACACCAGGAUACCAAGACGUCCCCAUCCUCUAAUGAGGUUAGAAACCUUCAUCAAAUAUUUAUUUUAACAAACUAUUUCUACUAAAUUUCUGGUCACAUCACUAUGUAAAUGAGAUAUUGUAAUUUUUCAUUUUUCAUCAAACAAUGAUUCAAAAUUCUUAUUUCUAUUCAAUGGUUUUGACUCAUGAGCUCUAAUGGAGACAGCUAAUAGAUUGGUAACAAAUAUAAUAUUGAAAUGCGGCCCUUUUGUAUUGUAAACAGCAAGUGUGAUUUAAAAACAUCAAUCUCAUGAUAAAAUGUUCUUUUUUUGCACUUUUUUAAUUCAACUUUUUGCCUUCACUUAUCAUUUUCACACCCAAUCUCAUAUUACCAAAAAAUCCACUUUAAAAACUCACUAUAAGGUCAACCUCAGAGGAAGAAUUUCUUAUGGAUAAUUUAACAGUUUCAGUUUGACACUAUUCUUGGAAUGAUAAUUAAUUAUUUUUCAAAUUUACAUAAUAAAAAUAGUUUUUUUCAAAAUUACAAAAAUUCCAAACCAUCUGUACAUAUAUAAUUUUCUUUCAUCAAUCACUUUCACCUCAAGAAUACUCAAUAAUUAAAAUUUACUCUUGACAGGAGACCUCCCCAAAAGCUGAUGAACAAAACCCAGCUCUAUCUCAAUCAGUAAGUACAAAACUACAAUCAUUUUAUUUGUAGGAUAUAAUUUCUGUAUCUGAGCAUUUCAAUGUUAAAACAAUUCGGCAAAAAUGUUUGACACCCAUGAAGUUAUUUUAUGGAAGGCUUUCCAUAUUAGCUUGAGCAGCAUAGACUAAUGUUUAGUUAUAUCAUUUAAGCUAUUUUUUAUUUUUUUUAUUUUUAAACCGGAGUGAUUUCAAUAUUCAAAUGACACUAUCCCUUUUCAAACAAAAUGAUACAAAUUUAUUAGCUUUCAGCCAUAGUAUCAUAUUUUUAAAAAAUAUGUGUUAAAGAUAAUAACCUUAAAGAAAUUUUUAAAUGAUCAUUAUAUUUUCAACACGGUUUUUCUCAAUUAUCCUCAUUUAUUAACUUUUACAUUUUAACAAACUCUGAUACUAAAUCUAACCUUACUGGAAUGGAUAAAAAAAUUGAUUCAAUGAAAUAGGCCAACUUUCCAACAAAAAAGAAAGAGUAUAUUAAACAAUAAUAAAGGUAGAGGUUCACAAUAAUUACCUUAAAUUUUGUAAGGAUUUAAAAAUAAGCUAGUAUCACGUUGACUUUAAUCUCACCAUUAGCUGUGAAUUAUUGUAAAUGUUCAGUCGUUCACCCUUGUUCACUUUUGUUGUGUUACUUCUUAGUGUUUUUUCCAUUGCAUGUCACUUAAUUUACUGAUCUUUCCUCCUCCCUUAGGCAGUUUGUGACACAAAUUAAGCAAAUUGGUAUGGUGUGCCAUCUUGUUUUCUUUUUUCAAAAUCUCCACAUAACUAAAGUUUGAUUUAUUUAUUUUUUGAUACUACAAUUUUUUAUAUUUUUUUUGUAUUUUUAUUAUGUAGCUUAACAGUUUUUAAAAAGUAUAUCUCAUACUUGUAUUGUAGAUUUUGUGUAAACUGAUUUAUGAAGUUAAAAAUAAAAACAUAAGCCCCAAUAACAGUAUGAUGAAACCUUCAUCUCACAAAGAGCAACAUUUAGACCUGUGUGGCUGGCUACUCAUUGUUUCAAUGAGUCCUUUUUAAACAAAAACUUAAAUUGAAAGGAGGUAAUUAAUUAAUGCAAAAUUAUUUUAAAGAAUAGUUUUGCUUCAUUAAGAGAAAUGUAUAACUGUGUAAGAGCUUAAUUUCCUUUUUUAAAGUACAUGGUAUCAUAUUUGUUAAUUAAUUGUUUAUUAGGUUUACAUAUAAUUUUAUUAAUAAUCUUAAUGUGACACCUACUAUUUAUUAAUUAAUUAAUAUUUUUUUACUUAUUCUAAAUUAAAUAUAUUUUACAAUUUUUUUUACUCUACCUGGACAAAAUUAAAUUUUUUGGCAAGGCUAUUUAGUUUUACUUUUCUUAUUUAUAGAACAGCAAAAGUCAGUCUUGAUUAACUUUUAAUUAGCUUUUUGCUGAAAAUUAAAAAAAAAAAUUAAUUGAAGUCAUUGGCCUACAAUUUCUCUUUUUUUAAUGAUAAAAAAUCAAUUCCAAAAAAAGACAACAAUUUAAUUUAAUUUAAUGUUAUAAAGUUAUAAUAUAUUUCUCGUCAAUUAUUUAAAAAGUGAAUGAAAGCUAGUUAUUAGUCUUAUGGCUAGGGCACUGUUAAAACUAAAGACAUUUUUUCACUGUACCUUAAAAUCAAUAUCAGAAUAAGUUAAUGGUAUUGACAGAUAUUUUUUUUACAUUUUAUUUUUAAAAUAUAUUCUGCAUGUUAUUAAUUGUUUUGGAUUUUUUUUGUUACAUCUCUUUAAAAUGUUGUUAUCUUCAAUUUUAUACUUGUUAACCAUUUAUACUUUUAAAAUAUUUUUCUUCUUACAAACAGUAAAAAACAUUUCUAAAUUUUAAUCUGAAUUGAACAGCUUUUAAUAGAAAACAUGUUGCAAUAAUAUUUCUCAAUCCAGUUGUGGGUUGGUAGGGGUGGGGGAGGGUACCUGGGGGUGCAGGAUUGCUGUGAAAGUUUGAAACCCAAAUGAUUAUUAUUUAAUUUUAUUUUUUUUUUCCAUUUGUUACUUGAUUGCCAUAUAAUGACUAAUGACAUGUCUUAUGGGACAAUUUUGCUGAUUAUUAAAAAAAAACUAUUUUUUAAAAUUCCACAUUUUUAUAACAGAAAUAUAUUUUGUUUACCUUAACACACACCAACAAACAAACAAAAUAAUUAACAGUUAAGAAAUUUUAAGAGAAUUGAAAAGAGUACUACUUUUAAUAUUUGUUGCUUCAAAAAAAAAACUUGAAAAUGAGGAAUAAAUUUGACAUUUAUUUACAUGAAAUUAUCCUAACACUUUACUGUAUUUUUUUGUAGGAUACACCUGUCCGUUCUAGGGCACUUAUACGUUCUCGUACUCCAAGUCCAGCAGGCAGUCGGACACCCAUCUUAUCAGUGGCUCAACUAAAACGUCAUUCAGAUGGUGGGAAACCCUUCUCCAGUACUCCUGGCAAGAUGUAGAUAACAUCAAUUUGACAUCUACUGUGGACAAUACACCAUAAUAAAUAUGAAUAUUAUUUGGCUCUGAACAUUUUGACAGAGAAAGAAUUGAAGAAUUUCUUUGGUUUUGUACAAAAAUUAAAAAAUAUUUGCAUUGAAAUUUUAUUUUGUGACCCAAAGUUCAAGAUUAGUUUGAAAUGCCAGAUCUGGACAAUGUGCAUAGAACUUGACAAUUAAUUCUUUCUGACUUUCUUUUCUCUAACAUCCAUGCUUCCUGUUAUUUGACAGCUAUUGAUUUGGUAAAGGGGUAACCUAUGAAUUUUCCACUUGCAAAAAUCCCAGGGAUAAGUCAGCUUGCCAAUCUUCAAUUGCCAACAAAGCUUUGGAAGCAGUGCUUGACCUACAUUUUAACUGGGCAGACCAUCAUUAUAAGGAUAAUAUAUAAGGGACUGCUUUCAAGACUUAUGAAGGAAAUAGUAGAACAAGAAAUGUGACAGCUUGAAGUGAUUUUAAACCCAGUACUUGAAAAUGAUUGCCAUGAGCUUGAAUCUAUAAGUCCUUAAAAUAUCUUAUUUGGGCCCAGUAAGCUUGUGCAGACUUUUUAUUAAUAUCUUGUUCAGAGUUUUUGUAUGAAGUUGAUUUUUUAAAAUCCGUGACAUUGAUGACUUUAAAUCAACGCCCUAUGAACACAUGCAGUCAGAUUAAUCAGGAAGCAAUUGACGUCCAUUCGGUUCCAGGAACCAUGGGUGCCUACGAUGACUUUAUAUCAUCGCCCAAUGAACACACUCAAACUUUGAUGACUUGAUAUCAUCACCCAAUGCCCGAUGAACACACUCAAACUUUGAUGACACAAAUUGAUAACAACAAAGUUUUGCUAACCUAUAAAAUUAUAUUUUGAAAUAUAUAUGUUUGCUUAACAUUUAAGUUUUAUUUGGAUUUUUUCAUGACCUUCACAAUGUGUGUCAAUCAAUCUAAUUUUUUUGGUUUAAAAUUCCGCUUUAGUUCAUGUAAUUAAUGGAAGUAGAGUUCAGAAUGUUGGUACUACUGUUAUUAUUUGAAUAGAGCUGUGGUCCCCAAACCUUUCAGCAAUUCAUGUUUAUUUGAGGAAGCUCUGACUUUUAAGAAAUUUUUAUUUAAAAAAAUACCAACUUUUAAGUGUUCACAAGUAUUAGUAGGAGCCUUAUAGCAUAGAGGACCAAAGUAAUAGACAUUCAGCAUUUAAAACACAUUUAUAGAUAUUAUAAUUAUGUUAUAUCCCAGUAUGUACAUAGCUAAAAGCCAAUAAGAACAUAUUAACGCUAGAUUCACCGCUGGGAAUUAAUUGUAUCAAGCAUAAAAUUCUCUACACAAAAAAGUGGUUCCCAUCCAUUCAUAGGGCAGAGUAUUAGGGUUUAUGGGACCUCUGAUCUAGAAUAAUUUGAAAUACCAGUACAUUAUGUCUGCAGAUUUGUUUUUUUCUCACUGCCUUUGAAUGUUUUACCAAUGAGACAAAGAGAAUUUCAUUCUCAUCUAUGUAUGUUGUGAAAUCACAUAUUUUCAGUUUCACACCUGGUAAUUGGACCACAAUAUGUGUAUUAACAUAUAAUGUAUAGAAGUCACCAUUUUCCGUCCUGCUCAUCUCAAAAUAUUUUAUUUAUGCAUUUCGAACCAUAAAAAUCAGUAUUUCAUCAAAGCAUUUCUACACCAUGGCCUUCCUUGUAUCUGUUUUUUUUUCUUCUUCAAAGCACUAAAUUUUGGAUUUUGUUUUUGCUAAUGAAAAAAACCAAAAAACUCCUUUUAUAAAUUCAAGAUUUAUCAACCUUAUUACCAAAACAAUUUGGGCAUUUUCAUUUAUUUCACAUAACAUUUAUCAUUAACUUACCCUUAAACACAGAAUACAAUUUUGUCCAUUUAUUAUUAUAUAUAUUCUGCAUUUGAACUCAAAAUCUUUAAAAUUAAAUUUAUAAAAAAAAUAGUUUUGUGGGUAUCGGAGUAUCCCUAUAAAUAAAGUUCAAGUGUGUAGAAAUUGUAAUGAAUCAUGGAAAAAAAGCAUAUUAUUUAAAAUUAA